CGAAGAGGCCAGAGGGGACAGACAUGGAGGAGCGGGAAGAGCACGAGCCGCUGAGGCACGAGGAGCGCAAGCCGGCGAGGCCUGAGGGGACAGACAUGGAGGACCCCAAGAAGCGCGGGCCGUCGAGUCCUGAGGGGACAAACGUGGAGCACCCCAAGGAGCGCGGGCCGCUGAGGCGCGAGGGCUCCUGGGAGCGCGAGAUGUCAAGGCCUGAGGGGACAGACGCGGAGGAACCGGAAGAGCUCGAGCCGCCGAGGCGUGAGGAGCGCAAGCUGUCAAGGCCCGAGGGGUCAAACGCGGAGGAAUCGGAAGAGCUCGAGCCGCCGAGGCACGGGGAGCGAGAGUCGUCGAGGCCUGAAGGGACGGACACGGAGGAGCAGGAAGGGCGGGAGUCGUCCGGGCCUAAGGGGACAGACACGGAGGAGCGAGAGGCGUCGAGGCCUGAGGGGCCGGAGGCGGAGGAGGGCGUCCGGCCUUGUCCCGAGGAGCGUCUGAGCGCCCGCGAGUACUCGCGGCAGGUGCACGAGUGGCUGUGGCAGGCCUACUGCGGCUACCUCACCUGGCACGGCGGGCUCCUCGCCUUCCCCCCCAGCUACUGCAGCCCCCCGGACCCGCCGCAGACCCCCUACUACAACCCCUUCUUCUUCCUCCCGGCCGAGCCGCCGCCCGCCGCCCGGCCCUCCGGCCAGCCCGCCGCGGGGCCCCGGCCCCCCAGCUGGACGGGCCCGGACGCCAGGCUCCCCCAGGGGACUCGGGCGGGGGCGGCCGGCCACCCCCGGCCCUCACCCCAACCGGGUUCCAGCGGUCAGCCGGCAGGUCGAGAGUAUGCUAUUCCGUCCUUGGCACACAGAUUCAUAGCAGAGAUGGUGGAUUUCUUUAUUCUCUUCUUCGUAAAAGCCAGUAUUGUCCUAAGUAUUAUGCAUCUCAGUGGGAUAAAGGACAUUUCCAAGUUCGCUAUGCAUUAUAUAAUAGAAGAAAUCGAUGAAGACACUUCAAUGGAAGACUUGCAGAAAAUGAUGGUGGUGGCUCUGAUAUACCGAUUACUAGUUUGCUUCUACGAGAUCAUCUGCAUAUGGGGAGCAGGAGGAGCCACGCCAGGGAAAUUUCUGCUGGGCCUUCGCGUCGUGACGUGUGACACAUCUGUAUUGAUCGCUCCAAACCGGGUUCUAGUGAUUCCUUCCUCCAACGUUACCAUAACAACGUCCACAAUACGAGCCUUGAUCAAGAAUUUUUCUAUUGCUUCCUUUUUUCCUGCUUUCAUCACACUGCUGUUCUUCCAGCACAACCGAACAGCCUAUGACAUCGUGGCAGGAACCAUCGUGGUAAAAAGGAAUGGGGUUAGAUGAUGCCAACCCUCCCUAGUGACCCCAAACUCCACUCUCUUGGACUAGCUGCAGAACUCCAGUUUUGUCACGUGGUCCUCAGUAUCCGGGGGUUAGGCGGAAAGCUCUGAAAUUCAAAUGACUCCCACGUGAUGCCGGGCUCUGUCCGAAAGUAUUGAUUUCAUUUAGGAAUGCCAAAGAACUCUCCCCUAGGAGAGCAGCGGGCCUCGGGCCGUCGGACGGUGGAUUCGCAAUCCUUUACGGCCCUACUUCCUCACGGUCUAAGAACUGGUAAUUAUCUGGAAGGAAUUUCAACUCGGUGAAAUUUCUACAGUUUCUUUGGUGUCUGGGAAGAAAUGAUGGAGGCUGGCCCAGUUGUGUUUCGUAAACACCUGCAGAAUUCGCCUAAAAAGGUAAAUGCCAACAGAGAAGAUUGUGUUAAAGCCAGUAUUUGUUGUCCCGUGGGGCGUGGGAGGGGAGGAAGGUGAACCAAGAGAGGGAAAGAGGGAGCCCGUUACCUCACCCGAAAGCAGUUUUAAGCAUUUUAUUCCAGAACGAGUGUACCUUUACCACUGUUCUCUACACUUUUGCCAAAUAUGUACUUGGAGGAGUUUUGCAUGAUACUGAUCAAAACUUUAUGUAUUACGUUUAUCGAUGACUUUUUUAGAGGACAAGUAAACUUAAAUCUUGAGCCGAAUUUUAAAUUGAUGUACAAGUGUUUUCUGGGCCCUAAAAUGAACACUAAGGAUUGUACUUAAUGGUGAAUUACUUUUGAUGCACCUAAAAAAUACCGUUAAUACAUAAAAUAUUCAAGGGUGUACUGAAGCACGAGGAAAAUGUUCUUAAUGCAUUUCAGCAUUUGAAACAGGCAGCUUUACUUUCUAUAUAGCUGCCUAGUCAAAGUCGCAGUUGACCUGCAUCGAUGUUGAAUAAAGACAGAGUUUCACACUUACUAAAGGACAGCGAUUUCCAGAAUGCUUGCAUUUUGUACUGCAGUUGAAAGGCAUUUCUAGGUGACAAAAUGGGUCACGUGGUGGUGGGGCUUCCUUACUCCCCUUUUGGCAAUUGAGUUGUAGCAACCAGGCGGAUUGGCAACUCUCUCACCCCCAGAAACUUUGAUUUGUUGGUCAACCUCGUAUGUGGUGACCAACAAAUGAAUUCCGAGCCAACUCCACUGCAUCAGUUUUGAAGAGGUGACUUGUAUCCGUUUAAUGUAACUUGAAAUAUUUACAUUUUUUCUAAGCCCUCGAUAGGCAUAUCGAACUCUUCUGUAACCUUUCUAGUAUAAAACUAAUCCCCGUUUGGCUUCAGAACUGAGCGGCAGCCAGAGCUUCACGGGAGCCCAAGUCCACGUGUCUGAUCUAUAAUCUGUUUUUAAACUACUUCCUUUUUGUGAUUGUCUCGGUCAGCUCGUCCCACCGUCCGUACAAUCUGAUUUCUCCAGGGUCGCUCACUACGUCCUUUGCUGCUACGGGGAAGAUCCAGGAUGGGAUGGAUGGGUCAGUAGAGCGAGUGAUUAGAGGGGUUCCGCUAGCACCAGCUACCCCAGCCUGCCACCCUCUGCAGGAAGGGGCCCGGGUGAGUGAAGUACAUGCCUGCAACUCCCUAAACCCCGCGCUAUAAGCGUAUUCCCGAGAGGCAGCCGCCACCUUUUAACCUAGGGCCCAGCCUCUUCAACCAAGUGUUCGAUUGAUCUUGGCCGGAUGCAGGCCGCCCGAUUUGUAAGCUCCUUGUGGGCAGGGAACGCGUCUACCGACUCUGCACUGUGGUACGCUUCCAGGCGGUGCUCGGCCCACGGUAAGCGCUCAAUAAAUGACAAGCUUCAAUUGAGGCAGGGCUGGAAACAGCCUGUGCAGAGGCAGACCAAGGUCCAGGAAGAAAAGGCGUCCUUUCUCUAUCUCCCUUUUUUUACCAUUAGGGCCCUUUACUAACCCUCAAGGAGAAAACCCUGCCAAUCCACUUCCCAGCAUCCCGUCACUCUGCCAGUAUUACAAGAACGGUAAGAACAAUAGCACCGAGUCUCUCCCCCACACCCCCCCAGUUGCAGUAUGUCCUUAAAACUUUUUAAAUAGCUCUAACUUCAGACCGUAACCUAAGCGAGGUCACGUUCACUUUAAAUAAAAAACCAGACUGAUUCCUCUACUGUAGACACGCAUCACCCACCUAGUAUUGAAGAGGGAGUGUUGUGUCAAACGGUUACUUUUUCUUACGCUAACAUUUGCAUCGCAGAACAGACAGGUGAAAGAUGUGAAACCCUUCAGCUGCCUCCCCUGCGAGGGCGGAGGAGAGACUGAAAAUUGGCUGAAAUGGGGUGGGGGAGGGAAUGAGUGUGUAGUCAACUUAAAAGCAGUUGAAUCUGCUCUGACUAGAGCCUGCAAAAAAAUGCGAGAGCACCCAAGAUUUAGGCAAGUGAGUGUUCCUUCCAAGGGCCCCGGCUUUGGAACUAAAUCCCCCCACCCCGUGUCAAUAAAACUCUCAUCUAACCUCA